UAACAAAAAAUUAUGCGAAACUAGGCUGCUCUGACGUGGAAGUGCAAUUUUUUUAUCUGUACAAAAAAAAAAAAUUGAAUUUCUAUACUAAUUUUUUUAGGAAGACAUAUUCGGGAAUAAAACAUUAUAAAUUUCAUAAAUGUACGCGGAUUUAUGUGAUUAGCAAAUAGCUGCCAGUGAAAAAUUGUUGAAAAGAUUUGUGUGGAUAGAUGUGUUGAAAAAUUUCUUAAUUGCUCGGUGUACUGUCUGUUACUUGUGUGUGUUUACGUGUUCGUUUGAUAACGAAAAAAGUUUGAUCGCUUCUUUUGUUUUAUCUAAAAUAAAAUCGAAAAGUUUUCAAAGGAAAAACAAAAAAUAAUGAUGAAUCCAAAUGCUUACGGACCACCGCCAGCAAUGCAACCAACACAACAAAUGAUGCCCGGAGUGCCUGGGGGCCAGCAAUCAAUUCCACAGCAACAAUAUCCUGGAUGGUCUUCUCAAGGACCUGUGCAAGGGUCGCCCGCUGUUCCGCCUAGCGGCUCCGUUCCAAGCAAUGUACCGUUAUCUUCAAUUCCCCAAACAGGAAUUGCUACGCGUAAUGUAUUGAAUGGCAACUAUCAGCAGCAGUUAACUCAAUCCAUGGGUGCGAUGACCGUUAACCCUGUGAAACAACCCCCGUUGCUGCAACAGCAAGCACUGAGUGGGCCUCCAACUUCAGUUAAUAAUACAUUUAACAAUGCUAAUGUCGGUGUGACUUCGAGUGUUCCCCAUAUAACACCUAAUACAAAUGGACCGCCAAUGUACACACAGCCGUUAUCCCAACAGCAUAUGCAAUCAAGGCAACCGCAAAAUACGCCACCAAUGGUCAAUAACAAUUAUGUUCCUUAUCCUAAUGGUGUCUCUCCCAGUCAAGCACCCACAACCAACCUGAUUAUGCCGCCAACAGCUUCUUCUGCUAGUGGAGUAGCACCUCCACCGAUAAUUCCCGUUCAGAGUGUUGUAGGCGGACCAAAUCAAAUGUCGGUGAAAAGCAACAGUCUACCAGACAUGCCACACAUGCCACCACCGGUACAAAAGCCAACACAAACGCCAGCGUUUAUGCCGCCUGUUACUGGUCAACCAACUCAAAUGAGUGGCUUCACAGGCAUGCAACAAAGUGUCCAACCAACAACGAUGGGACAGUACAAUACACAACCACAUGCCCAAAUCUCUGCAAGGCCCAGUCAACCACUCAUGAUGCCACCUAGCAUGACGGGAGCAGCGCAACAGAAUCAAGCAGCUGUGCCUGGACAGAUGAUGAUGCCUGGCUAUCCACAACAGUCUCAACAAACCCCUACUGGGUAUCCAACACAAGCGAUGGCACCGCCACCACCACCACAAUCUGGACAGCAAGUUCCCGGUAGACCUGGUUUCCACCAAUUGCCAACUCCAGCUACUGGCAUGUAUCAACCUCCACCCCAGCCUUACCAGCAAGCACGCCGUCUAGAUCCCGACCAAAUGCCGAACCCAAUACAAGUAAUGAUUGAAAACCAACGUAACGCUGGUGGACCCUUUGUUACUAAUCAAGCGGGCCUUCUGCCUCCUCUGGUGACAACAAAAUACGUAGUGCAAGAUCAAGGCAAUUCUUCACCUAGAUUUGUAAGAUCGUCGUUGUAUUGCAUACCUUCCACGGCGGAUCUGCUAAAGACUACAGCUUUGCCUUUUGCUUUAAUUAUAUCACCAUACGCUCGUAUCAUUGAGGGUGAAUACGAACCACCUAUUGUAGAUUUUGGUGUGUUAGGUCCUAUACGUUGCAAUCGCUGUAAAGCAUAUAUGUCGCCCAAUAUGCAAUUUGUUGAUGCUGGACGUCGUUUUCAGUGUCUAAUGUGCAAGGUAUCCACGGAAGUGCCUACCGAAUAUUUUCAACAUUUAGAUCAUACAGGACAAAGAGUGGAUAGAUUCGAACGCCCUGAAUUGGUUUUGGGUGCUUAUGAAUUUUUGGCUACGAAAGAUUAUUGUCGUAAUAAUGAAUCGCCAGAAAUUCCAGCCUUUAUUUUUGUUAUAGAUGUUUCUUACAAUACCAUGAAAUCCGGCUUAGUUCAUUUGUUGUGCUCGCAAAUUAAACGUAUUUUAAAGCAUUUGCCUAUCGAUCAAGGUCAACAUAAAUCAAAAAUGCGUGUCGGUUUCAUAACUUUCAAUAGUACUGUACAUUUUUAUAACAUCAAAAGCAACCUAGCGCAACCACAAAUGAUGGUGGUAGGCGACGUUCAAGACAUGUUUAUGCCUUUACUGGAUGGGUUUCUUUGCGAUCCUGAAGAAUCGGAAACUCUUAUCGAUGCUCUUAUGGAACAAAUACCAAAAAUGUUUUUGGAUACUAAAGAGACGGAAACCAUACUGUAUCCUGCUAUUCAGGCAGGUAUGGAAGCUCUAAAGGCUUCCAAUUGUUGCGGUAAAUUGUUGAUCUUUAACUCAACUCUACCUAUUGCGGAUGCUCCUGGUAAACUUAAAAAUCGCGACGAUCGCAAAUUGUUGGGCACUGAUAAAGAGAAAACGGUUUUGACACCACAAUGUCAAAAUUACAAUCAAUUAGGUCAGGAGUGUGUACAAAAUGGUUGCUCAGUGGACAUGUUUUUAUUUAACAACGCAUAUAUUGAUAUUGCUACUAUUGGACAAGUGGCUCGGCUGUCAGGUGGUGAAAUUUAUAAAUACACCUACUUCCAGGCUGAAAUUGAUGGCAAACGUUUGGUUGAGGAUAUUAUUAAAAAUGUCUCAAGACCAAUCGCUUUUGACGCUGUUAUGCGAGUACGCAGUUCCGCUGGUAUACGAGCGACCGAUUUCUAUGGUCACUUUUUUAUGACGAACACCACAGAUGUCGAGCUGGCUAGCAUUGAUUGUAAUAAAUCUAUCGCCAUUGAGAUCAAACAUGAUGAUAAAUUGCCGCCGGAGGAAAAUGUUUAUUUGCAAAUUGCUUUACUUUAUACUUCCUGCAGUGGCCAAAGACGUUUACGUGUUUUUAAUUUGGCUCUUAAAGCCACAACCACAAUUGCCGACGUGUUUAAGAGUUGCGAUUUGGACGCCAUGAUGUUGUUCUUUGCUAAACAAGCUUGCUUCAAACUUAUGGAACUAACACCAAAAGUAGUGAAAGAAAAUCUUAUACAUCGUUCAGCACAAAUAUUGGCUUGUUAUCGUAAGCACUGCACCUCGCCAACUUCGGCAGGUCAACUGAUAUUACCUGAAUGUUUAAAACUUUUACCGCUAUACGUAUCGUGCUUGCUAAAGAAUGAUGCGAUUUCCGGUGGUUCAGACAUGACCUUGGACGAUCGCUCGUACGUUAUACAUUUUGUCUUAUCAAUGGAUUUGAACACAUCGGUCACUCAUUUGUAUCCACGCUUCAUUCCAAUACAUAAUGUUGAUGCAGAUGUUGAUGACGGCGAGCUGCCUAUGUCGAUACGAUGUACGCAUGAGAAAAUGACCGAAGAUGGCGCAUAUGUUUUGGAGAAUGGUGUACAUUUCUUCGUAUGGUUGGGUCAAUCAUUGUCGGCAAAUUUCAUUAAACCACUCUUCGGCGUUCAAUGUACGCAACAAGUAAAUGCUGAGCGUUUUGCCAUAUCUGGUGAUACCCGAAUGGCACAGAGGAUACGCAACAUUAUCGAAAAAAUCAUGCUUGAGCGUACGCGUUAUAUGAGAAUCACUUGUGUACGUCAAAAUGAUAAACUUGAAAGUGUAUUUCGACAUUUUCUUAUCGAAGAUCGAGGCACGGACGGAUCCGCCAGUUAUGUGGACUUUCUAUGUCAUAUGCAUAAAGAAAUUAAGGAACUUCUAAGUUAGCCCUUAUAUUGUUAUAAGAAUUAUACAACAUCUGCGGCUGGAUCGAUUACAUGCCGCAGUUAUUCGCAAAACCGUGCGCGUCUUUCACGUCUGGCACGUUCACGAAGAUGGUAACCAUUAUUGUUUUAUAUUAUACCAUCAAGCAUACAUGCCUGCAUGUCUAAAUAUACUUUAACAUAUAUUUAGCGAAUAUCGUAUUAAAAAAAUCCAAUCGCUCUUACAAUUUAUAUUCCCUGCAAAUAAAACAAAA